AUGCCACCCCCUCCCUCCGCGCUGUCCAUCCUCCGCCGCCGCCGCCGCCCUCGCCCUGCUCUCCCAUCAUCACCCAGCGCCUCUCCACCGCGCCGGUUCUCGACAAACAUGCAAGCCAGGUACUCACCGGGCACGGACGAACCCGCCGCCGCCUCUGCUCUCGCGCCGCUGCUCGCCCCAUCCGGAGGCAGGUGGACGCUUUCCUCGCAAGGACAGGCUCUCGAGCGCAGCUUCAAGUUCAAAUCCUUUGCCAAAGCAUGGGACUUCAUGACGGCUGUGUCGCUACAGUCCAAGGUCAAGAACCAUCAUCCCGAAUGGGCAAACGUGUACAAUACCGCGUUCGUUCGAUGGACGACGCAUAAUCCCAGGGGCCUGUCCCGGGAUGACAUCGCCAUGGCGUCGAUUUGCGACUCCAUUGCCAGAGACUUUGGGGAACUGGAUCCCGGGCCGGCAAGUUGUGACAUCAAGACAUUGGCUGAUCAGGUCACUGUGUCUGCUGGGGAUUGCUGUACGCCCAAGAAAUGA